AUGCGCGGCGCCAGGUGCGUCGAGAUAGACUGCUGGGACGGGGACGACGGCGAGCCCAUGGUGACGCACGGCUGGACGCCGACGAGCCGGCUGGCCUUCCAGGACGUGGUGCGCGUCUGCAGGGACUACGGCUUCGCGGCCUCGAAAUACCCGCUGAUACUGAGCCUCGAGGUGCACUGCUCACCUCGCCAGAAGAUGCGCAUGGGCCAGAUCCUGGAGAGCAUCCUCGGCGACCAGCUUCUGCGCCUCCCCGAGGACAUCUCAGCUGGGCUGCCGCACGCAGAGCUGGUCUCGCCCGAGGCCGCUCUGCGGAAGGUCAUCGUCAAGGGCAAGUUGCCCAAGGAGCUGCAGGCCGAGAUGAAGGCUGGGCUGGACCCGCCCGCCCAGCUCCCAGGCGGGGCGGCGCCGCGCCCCGCAGGGUCCGCGCUGGAGCCGCCGUCCGCGGAGGGCGGCGACCCUGGUGCGGCCGAUGAAGACAGUAAGAACGGCAUCUCCGAGUCCAGCGAGGACGACCAGGACUCUCCCCCAGAGAUGGUGGACCUGGACCUCGAGCAGACCUCCUCGGGCGUCCUGAAGGCCAAGUCCAAGCUCUGGGCCAGCCCCCGGUCUCUGAAGUCCUUCGUCGGGCUCAUGCGCCGCAACAGCCGCGUCGACCUGGACCCCACCCCCAGGACGGCCUCCGCCACUCAGCGGGCUGCAGCAGCAUUGGCAGCGCCGCGGGCGGCCUCCCCAGGCAAUGGAGCAGCGUCGGCACCAGCGGCAUCCUCGGCAGUGCCGAGCCGCGGGCGUCAUCUCUGGCCACGACGCCGCAGCUCGUUUCGGCGACAAGUACCCGGAGCAUCGCCCGCUAUCCUUCGCCCUUCGGGAACUCCCCCGCGCUCGCCACGGAGCUGGCGGCGAUGCUGA